UUUGAAAGUACCAGGGGUUGCACAUCCUCUCUAUGUACUUGUUAGCUGGUGCUAUUGCUUCGGCGUUAUUUCUCCGACAAGCUGGGGGAGAGGCGCAGGGAGCGCAGGAUCUUAACGAUGAUGUGUUAGCAGGAGACAGCGGGGAACUCCCCUGUCGGAGAAAAUUCAUUAGAGUCCUCUACAUGACCAAAGAAACGAGACCGGCAACGAGAAACGUAAACGUAACAGUCAUGCAAUUUAAGUAUAGACGAAUUUGAGCGAAGGCUUCUUCUUCAAGGUUACUCCGCUUGAAGACGCCCUGCACUCCCCGUGUCGCAGAUCAGCUGGCAUACGUUGGUUGAUCCUCACCGGUACCGACCAUGUCUGUGGAAGAGCAAGGUUACCCCGAGGCUGUGCAGUUGCUGGAGGCCGGGCCGGAGUGGAUGCGGGCCGAGAUCGAGCGUCUCUCCCGGGAGCUGAGUGAUACGACGAACGAGAAGAUCCAGGCGGCGGAGUACGGGCUUGCGGUACUGGAGGAGAAGCAGCAGCUCAAACAGCAGUACGAUGACCUGGAGAUGGACUACGAGGCCAUCCGGCAGGAGCUCGAUCAGCUGAAGGAGGCCUUUGGACAAGCUCACUCCAACCACAAGAAGGUUGCAGCAGAUGGGGAGAGCCGUGAGGAGUCUCUUAUCCAGGAGUCGGCCUCUAAGGAGGCCUUCUAUGAGCAGAGGGUCCUGGAGCUGCAGACUGAGCUCCGUCAGACGCGCAACAUCCUCACCAACACCCAGUCUGAGAAUGAACGUCUGAACACCAUCUACCAAGAGAUGAGAGAGAACAGUCAGAUGGUGGAGCUCCAGAGGAAUCAGCUGCGGGAUGACAUCAAGGAGUACAAGUUCCGGGAGGCUCGUCUGCUGCAGGACUACACCGAGCUGGAGGAGGAGAACAUCUCGCUGCAGAAGCAGGUGUCCAUGCUCAAACAGAGCCAGGUGGAGUUUGAGGGAUUGAAACAUGAGAUUCGUCGUCUGGAGGAGGAUACUCAGUUCCUAAACAGUCAGCUGGAGGAUGCCAUCCGCCUAAAAGAGAUCGCUGAGCGGCAGCUGGGCGAGGCCCUGGAGACAAUCAAGACUGAGCGUGAGCUGAAGGCUUCCCUGAGGAAAGAGCUGUCCCACUACAUGAGCAUUGGAGACACCCUAUACCACAGCCCACUUAGCAUCUCUCUGGAUGGUCUCAAGUUCAGCGAUGAUGCCGCCACUGAACCUAACAACGACGAGGCUCUACACGGAUAUGAGAAUGGCUUCACCAAACUGGUCAAUGCCAUCACUGAUGACAACCGCAUCGCCACACCCAACAAGGAAGAACUGUUCUGCCCUGCGCCCAGCCUUGUGGACGACCUGCUGAGCGAACUGAACAUCUCAGAGAUCCAGAAGCUCAAACAGCAGCUGAUGCAGAUGGAGCGUGAGAAGGUCAGCCUGCUGUCCAACCUUCAGGACUCCCAGAAACAGCUAGAGCAGGCUAAUGGUGCUCUGUCAGAGCAUCAGGAGAAGGUCAGCCGCCUUACAGAGAACCUCAACGCCAUCCGCAAGCUCCAAGCCAGCAAGGAGCACCAGUCUGCCUUGGACAAUGAGAAAGAACGUGAUAGCCAUGAAGAUGGAGACUAUUAUGAGGUGGACAUCAAUGGACCUGAAAUCCUGGAGUGCAAGUACAAGGUUGCUGUGUCAGAGGCAGGAGAGCUGAAGGAGGAACUGAAGACUCUGAAAGCAGAAUACCAGACCUGUCAAUCACGUUACGAAGAGGAGCGCACCCGUCUAGAGAGUGAUGUCACAACACUGGGAGAGAAGCUGGCGACUUUGGAGAAGACAAGCCAGACAGACAGAGAAGUGAAGGCUAAGCUAGAGAAGGAACUGCGCAAGUUAAGCGACGUGGCAGGUGAGUCCCAAGGCAGCUUGAGCGUGGCACAGGAUGAGUUAGUCACCUUCAGUGAAGAACUGGCCACCCUGUACAACCACGUGUGCAUGUGCAACAAUGAAACACCCAACCGUGUCAUGCUCGACUUCUACAAGGAGGGCAAGGGUGGUCGUAGCAGCCCAGAGGGUCGUGGCCGCCGCUCUCCCAUUUUGAUCACCAAGGGCCUCUUCCCUGAGCAUGGUAAGACCGACCUAAGCGACGGAGUACCUUCACCAGUCUCCUCCCUGCCUUCUCCUGUGUCUGAUCACCGCCGUGAGCCCAUGAACAUCUACAAUCUAGUGGCCAUCAUCAGAGACCAGAUCAAGCACCUGCAGCUGGCUGUGGACCGCACCACCGAACUGUCGCGCCAGAGGGUGGCCUCUCUGGAGCUCGGCACCGUGGCCGACAAGGACAAGGAAGCCUGCAUGGAGGAGAUUCUCAAAUUAAAGUCCCUCCUCAGCACCAAGAGGGAACAGAUUGCGACCCUGAGGACUGUCCUCAAGGCCAACAAGCAGACGGCUGAAGUUGCUCUGGCCAAUCUGAAGAGCAAGUAUGAGAACGAGAAGGCCAUGGUGACAGAGACCAUGAUGAAACUGAGGAAUGAGCUCAAAGCCCUGAAGGAAGACGCUGCGACCUUUUCCUCACUUCGAGCCAUGUUUGCCACACGUUGUGACGAAUACGUCACCCAGUUGGAUGAGAUGCAGAGGCAGCUGACCGCAGCCGAGGAUGAGAAGAAGACCCUCAACUCACUGCUGCGGAUGGCUAUCCAGCAGAAACUGGCCCUGACACAGCGUCUGGAGGACCUGGAGUUUGACCACGAGCAGACCCGCCGGGGAGGCAACGCCGGCCGAGCUAAGACCCGCAGCAAGGCUGCCAGCAGCACCACCAACAACCCCCAUGUAAGUCAGAGUCUCACCUGCUCUGGCUCCGGCCAACCAGAGCACAACAAUGCUCUGCCCAGUGGCAUUCUGGGAGGCCCAGUGGUCUUCUGCAGUGAGAAGUACAAGAUCUACUGUGACUGAAGCGGCUGAGGAGUCCGCAAGGGACUGCUGUGUACAGAGGGGAGGGGUCUUACAGGCCAAACCCUCCCUGUUUAGUGUUAAAGAGCCCCACUUGCUCGCUUAGCUCCCUGGCCAGUCUGCGCUCCUUUAGGGACUGCUGUGUGACUAACCGGCCGCUCUCGUGUGCUAGUGUAAAUGCUUAGGGGAAUGCAGAUGUAUGUACAGUGUGCACUAGACGUUUGGACUGUAGUAGACAUAUAUGGUAUGUGGGUUAUUGGGCCCUGGUUACAUUGAGGGUUUUGUGGAUAUUAUGGAGUGUCUAUUCUUUCCGCUGUCAUGGUGCUGUACGUAUAAUGUAAAAGGUGGCAGCUUCUGUGUGUGUGUGUUCUGGUCCCCUGAGUGUAUUGCCUGGUAACAGUUACACAUUGUAGAGGUGGGGACUUGUAAAGAGGAUGUCACCCUGAUGGUCUUGUGACUAAAUAUGACAUCCUCUGCUCUUCGGCUCUUCUGUCGGCAUUGGUGCUCCUUUUAAACAAUAAAAGCCCCCUUCUCUCCCCUGCCAGGUUGGUCAUGGGGGUCCAGCAGCCCACUGUCUAAUCAGGUUACUUCUAAAUGUUUACAAGAAGAAAAAGUGUCUAAAAUAUGCAAACUCCCUCUGCUUUCUUGCUAGGGGAGCACAGUGUGAUUCUACACAGAAAUUCAAAAACCCAUAGGUGGGUUGAUGGUUUUAUGAUGUAAUUGUCUGGGCAGAAAAGGAGCACCUGUGACCACAGGUGUUUACUUCAGGGUCAUUUCAAAGCUGUGAUGCUAGCACACCAAUACAAUAGGAUCAGUAGAACCGCAUGGCUUUGCAGCUGAAAACGCUUAUGAGCUUUUUAACUGUUUUUCUGUUGUGAGGUGGGUGGUACAAGACAAAGUCGUGUACUGCAGGGCUCUACAUUGUAAAGAGAGGAGUUACUUGGUGUCUGGUGAAAUACAGCAGGGCUAUCUAUUCCAUGUGACCCGUUCUGUUGCGAUGGAUCCUUUCAGAGCCAUAUUAUGAGAAAGAAAGAAAGAAAGAAAGUUUGACAAAUCGAUCUCUAUACCCAAAUUAAGUGCACUUCAGCAUAGGUGCCUCAGGUUCCUACUUAUGCUAAAAUGGAUCAGAUGAUUACUGUGAACAGAGAUACAAUAUAGUUUUGAUCAAAGACAAUUUUUUUUCAAAUAUGGAGUGUGAAUCCUAAAAGAGCACAACUCAAAAAGGCACCCACAUCUGGACAACAAAUCUGCAAACCACUUGGCAAAAGUGCCUGUCAGCUCAAACAUUUGAUCCAUCUGUUGAUGUAAAGCCCUGUCCUUGUGUCUCAUCUUGAGGUAACACUGUUCCUUUCCUUCCUCCACCCCCCAAUCCUCUAUUUUUAUGAGAUUACUCAUAGCAUUCCAAUAAUUUCUCUGUGGAUAUGUGGCUGAAAACCCUUUCCUCGUGUCUCUAAUCUGUUUCUUGUCACUCUGUCACCAUAAUGACCUUCUCUCUUGUAGAUUGUCAGCAGCUUGCUCCCUCAGCAUCACCACUCACCCUUUAACUAGAAUAAGGAAUUGUGGGGAAAAUUGCCCUCUGAAUAUUUUUGUCAGGUAACGUCCUCACGUAUGUUGUAUUCCUGAUGGAUUUUUUUUUGUUUUGCCUGUGUGUGCAUAUCAGUGUUGAAAUGAAGGGCCCUCAUGUGUGUAUAGCAUUUUUAACCUUUGAAAAUGGAGGGUCUCUCAUUUCCUUUUCUUUGUUGUUUGGUGCGUGAGGACAAGUUUUAAUAUCCACAAUAGCUUUAACCCCUUGCAAGCUAGCAUUACGCAAAUAGGAAAAAAUAUAAGUGGGGCUUGUGUUUAAUAAAUCCAUGUACUGCUUGUGGAACAUAGACACAUUAGUUUUCUGAUGCUAAAAGCAGGGUUGAUGUGAGGAAGUCUUGCAAGAUUGAUCAAAUUAUGCAUUUACUACUCCUACUAAGCUAUAUAUCGUAUUCCAUAUUCUUGAUAUGAUCAUUGUUCAGGUUAUAAUCUUGCAGGAUCCUACUACAGUAUUCCUUCCUCUCAAAUAGAGGGAGCUCAUUUGUUCCUUGGAAAUGGAACGUCAGCUGUCAACCCUGCUUGAGUGUGCAUCCAUAAGCCACAGCACAUAGCAUGGAGACAUGGCUGUCGUACACAUUAAGGAAAAAGGACAAAAAAAAGCAACCUCCUUAGAGGUUAAUCACUCUUACUUUUGGGAUUAAAUUAAUUAAUUUCCAAGUGUGCUAUAUUCAGUUUGUAUCUGUUUGUGCUGAUGUAGAAAAGGUUAGAGGAGUAGAGGGGGGUGAACUCCUCAUGUUGUAAACCAGCUCCUGAGAGAGGAGAUAAGAAAGCGAGACAUGCUGGUGAAGAAAGCCAGAUGUCUGGCUGACACUGGCUCUGACACUGUGGAGAAAUGAGUCCAGGGGUUUCCUGUGGGAGAAACCCCUGGUAACAUUUGGGUUGGGGGGGGGAAUGACUGGUUGUUCAGUCAACCAGAGGACAUUGAUUCAAAUUAGUUGAGCCCCUAGCCCUUCUCCUGUAUAGGCUCUGUGGAUUAAAUAGACCCCAGGAUGUGAUUGUGACUCUAACCCCUCACCUUUGAUACUGUAGGUGAAUCCCUACUUUGCUCCAUGUAGUUUGAAAUCAAUGUCUGGCUUAUCAGGUGUCAUAACAGCGUGCCACCUAAAAAGCUCCUCCUACCUCUGCUUGCAGGCGUCUCCCGCUCCACCUUUAAGUUUUACUAAGCACAAUGCAUCUAGUAAGCCUGCAUGUCAAAAACCAUAACCUGUUUUUCAUUAACUUGCAUGGCAUAUGAGAAAGACCCAUCUCCUUUGACUGGCGGGUUGAGGCUUCAGUUCUGUCCUAUGAAUGAAAGGUCCUGGUACUCGUGAGUCACUGGUUUCCUAACUGCACCCGCAGGAUACCUUGUGGUGAGCAUGCUUCCACAUCAGCUCCUCUGUAACAUAUUGGCAAUGUUGGUUUGACAGGAAGGCUCCUGACAUGCACAACACCAGCUGCCUCGGGGCUUCUAACAUUGGCUUCUGCUGCUUUCACUAAUUACAACCGCCGUCUACUUUGUCUGUGUGGACUGACCAUGUUAACAGUGGCUCUAAACAGACCGACAGUGUUGAUGCUGAUCAUUUCUUUGUUUCUCCAUUUUGCAGUAAAUUACAGUAGCUCUGCACGGAUGACGAAGUACCGACACAAGGUCCAUUCUCACAGCUGAAUGAGUUCGUCGAAAAGUGUUAGCACUGUAGGCUAUUUGGACUUGGACAAGUGAAAAUGCUAAAGAAAAUCACUGAUUUUAAAGUCAAAUCAACUGACCUUCCUUUUCCUGUUGAACACUAAAAUGUGACGUAGAUUAGAGAUGCACUUGGUUUUGCGUGCUACUGCUGGAAGCCAGUUUCUCACAAGUUCAGUGAACUGACCGGGGUUUGUGAUUGGCUGAUCGAACCCUCCGAUGAAAAGCCAGGGGACAUGGCGUUGUAUCUCAGUGUAAAUCAACAAACAGUUUUGUUUGGUUUCAUCUUUUUUAUUUUAGUUUGUUGUUUUCUUAAUCUGUGCACUUUCAUUAUAUAGGAUUAUAACAGACUUUUAUUAACCUAUAGGAAAACAUGGUAGUACUAUGGUUUGUGAAUUAUUCAGUAUAGGUUAUGAGACUAUAGAAUUAUAUGCCCUCCUGAAUUAUCUGAUUUUAAAGGGACUGUUUACUCUAGUAAAGGCUCCACAAACCAUAGACCUACUAUUAUGACUUUAUUUUCAAGAUUUUAUCCAUCAAAUAAUCUUUUUUAACAUGUUUUGUUCAUAUGUUAUGCUGUUUUCGGUUGUUUGUUCAACUGCCAUGUUCUACAAAAAAUCCAGGGUGAUCAAAUUCUGGGGUUUUUCAUGUAUUUAUUAUUCCUAGGAAUAGUUCAAAAUAACAGUGAAACUUGACAACGCUCUGAUUCAAAUAGGUAAGUUGUGUUUUGGGAAAAAUUUGAGUGACGCAAUGUGCUUUUCCUAGCUUCUUACCGAGGGCGUUCCACUGAAACGGGAUCACUGACUUUCAGAAUUCUCUGCAAGUGCGACGAUUAAAUUCCAAAUUGGAAUGGUUUCAUUCUCUCUUUGUUUAUCGUGCCAAAUCUUGGUGCACUGUUUGGAUCGAAAAGAAUCAAGACUCGGAAAGAAGACAAGCUGUCAGUGAGAACGGCGUAGUUCAGGCCAUGGCUCUCCGCAAGCGCCGGGGUUUUGUUUUUGGUUUGUUUAGUUCUUCGUUUCUGACCAGUAGUGCCUUUCAUUGUUUCAAGGGAGAAUCUUAGACUAGUGUGUUAUGGUUUCUUUUUAGAUAGGUGAGGACUUUUGGUUCAAAAUGACUGUGAGCAGCAAUAAGUGCAAAGGGAAUUUCUUCCUUUUCUGCAUGAGUGAGAUGAUAGUUUUGAAAUUAGCUCAAUCAAGCUGAUAUUGUAUUGAAUUCUGUAGGUCAGUGAUCCGCUCAAUAACUUCAGGGGUAUUAAUAAAAGGUUGUGUUUUUUUUAAAUCAAACAUUGGGAACCAAAAGCAAUCCCUUUGGCCUCCUGCUAUCGAACAAAAUGCUCCAAGCACCUAUAUUGUGUUGGGGUAGAUCAGUGUACUAUUGGAAACAUCUACGUAUCUCUUGCUUUGUUUGGUGAAGGUAAUGUGAUAUCAAUAGUAUUGUUGAAAAAUGUGCAGAGAGCGCAUUAUAUCUUUUUCUUUGUCCAGUUUGAGUUUUUGUUGGUUGUUUUUUUUAUUGUCUUUUUUUUUUUUACUUCAUCUUUGAACAUUAUGUUUUCAGGAAACAGAAAACAAAAUAAGCAUCAACAAGCUUGAGUCGUGCCAUUAUAGCCAGUGCUUGUUUGUUGAGGCAUUAAAGUUACCAAUACGGACGAGUAGCUAAAAACUAAAGUGCAAUUCAGAUGCUUUUUUCUUACAUUUGAAAAAAGAAGUUUUCUGUUUGCUGGAAGCAAUAGUAUUGUGAUAAUAAAAUUAGCUGUGCAAACUUUAUAUUGUUAUGUUGUGUUUCAGUAUUGACCCAUAAUGAGAGUUUGAUAUCUUUAUAAGAAAUAACUUCACUUGUAUGUUGGUAUUUAUUUGAAUUGCCAUGCAGUACUGUAUUCUUAUCAAUAAUGUGCAUUAUGAUUAGUGGCAUAUUGAUUACAGCUAAACAUCAUAUGCAUGUUUCUCAGCCAUGGGACCUUUACACAGAAUUGAAAACAAACAUGUCAACUUUUUUCCGGGGUAUUAAAAAACACAGGGGAGUUAAAUCUGAUGUAUUACUGCUGAACUAAACUAUGAAAGUGUUUUGUUUGUUUUCUAGUAGAGACGGGGUGCGUCUGUGUAAAGGUAGUCAUACUGGCUAAAAUCAAUAAAUGUGACUUAAGCUCCAA